ACUCAAGUGCCGUGAUAUGGCGUCGAAGUCUUGGAAAACUGCCACCACAUUUUCAGGAAGUUUCGUCAAACAAUUCUGUUCCAAUCGAAAGAAUUUCUCCUUCCGCUUUGCCUACAACAAAGCAACAACAAUGCCUGGUAGCCAACCAGAACAGGUCCGUUGGACCACAUCAUACUACACCCUGCCCUCUUGCCGGACCAGUUCCAGUCCACGUACUUGAAUUUUUGAUUUGGAUCCAAGAUUGCUUGGCUCUCCAUCAAUCGCUCAUUCAUAAUCUCAGCCAUCAUCGAUCAUAAACUCUUCCCACAGAACUUGCAAACCCAGAAAAAGAAAAACAUGUUUGUCGCUGCAUCUACUCGUGUCCUCGCCGCUGGAAAGCACAAUGGCGCCCUUGCCCGUCAGCUUCGUCUGAUGUCUUCCAUCAAUCAGAAUAACAGCAACAACAGUUUGUCUCCUUCUCAAAAGCGCAAGGAAGAACGCAGGAAAUUCCACAGCACCAGCCGUCGUGAUCAGGCCGAUGCUGCCGAAGCCAAGACCGAAGAGCAAGCUCCUGUUGCCACUGCCGAAAGCAGCGGCAUGUUGAACCGUUUCAUUGUGACUGCCGAAGUGACUGUCUCCAAGAUUUUCCCGGCUGGGUUUGGCUGGCAAUCGUCUUCGAUUCUCGCGGAGAACACGUUGGGAUAUUCUCCCGAGACCAUGUCCUUUGCCAUGACCACUGGAUUGGGUGAUGCUGUGGGAGUUUUGGGAGGUCACAUGCUCUACUACACUGCCAAGAAGAGCGCCGUCGACUCUUCCAUCAACCUCACUGCGGAAUUGCACACUGGAAUUCUUCUCGCCAGUGCUGCCUUUUGCAGUGGAACUGCAUGGCAACCUCUGGUCAAUGCCCUCCAAGGUGCUAACUUGUCCUUUAACGAAGUCUUUUUGGGAACCUGGGCCGGUUGCGGACUGGCGUUCUAUGGUGGUCUCCGGGUCGGACGAACCAUCCUCAGUGGAUACUUGACCCACGUUCAUGAACCCACCUACGAGAACAGCAAGAACGACGCCUCCUUGAGUGUCGCCAUUGGUGGAGCCACUGGAUUCUUUGUGGGAACCGAUGCCGCUUACCUUCCCGAACAAAACUUUUUGAUCAAGGCUGUUGGCAUUGCCGAUGGUACUCCCGACCUCACCGGCUGUGCGAUUGCUGGGUCCUCCACCGCUCUUGGCUUUGUGUCCGCUCAGUCCGCCUUGAACGUCGUGUACCCUGCCAAGAAGUGCUGGAAUGAUUAAACAAAUGUUCCCAAGCAAGAGCCAAGCUACAGGGUGAGGUGAAGUAAUCAUAUAUAUCCCUUUGUACAAAUGAUCAUAUCAAGAGUCGUGUCGCGCCGUUGUUUCGCUGCCGCGACCAACGCAACAAAUCAAAUUUCUUUUUCCAAUUCUAUAUAUCACAAGAAACAAACUUAGGAUAGUUCCACAAAUAAGAUUAAAAACGAUGUUAUGGAACU